UUUGCUGCCAAUGAUCAAAAUGGCGCCUGGCACAACAACACAGGAGGCCAAUAAUGAGAAUACUGAAGGGCAGCAAAGCAAUACAAUUAUCUUUAAUGCAUCUAAAGGAGAACUUUUCACACCAAACAAUGGUUUUAAAUCACUGGUUAGAAAACUGAGAUCCAAUUGGAAAGUCAUCACUAACAAAGAUGAAAUUACACUGGAAAGAAUUGUAACAGCCAAAAUAAUGAUAUUUGGAGGGCCAAGAAGAAAGUUUACUACUUCUGAGUUUGAUGCACUUAAGCAGUACAUUGAGAAAGGAGGAAGUCUUCUUGUCCUAUUGGGAGAAGGAGGAGAGAGUCGUUUUGACACCAACAUCAACUUUCUCUUAGAAGAUUAUGGAAUCAUGGUGAACAAUGACUCAGUUGUGAGAACUGUGUAUUACAAGUAUUUCCAUCCCAAGGAAGUGUUGAUCUCUAAUGGAGUUCUUAACAGAGAGAUCAAUCGAGCAGCUGACAAGUAUGUUCCUGGAAUGUCAGAUCUUGAAAAGACAGAACUUGGACAAUCUCUUACAUUUGUAUAUCCGUUUGGUGCAACACUGAAUGUGAUGAAACCAGCCAUUUCUGUUUUAUCAACUGGUAGUGUGUCCUUCCCACUGAACAGACCAGUUUGUGCCUUCCACUCAACUAGACAUUCAAAAGGCAAAAUGGUCAUCCUGGGCUCUGUGCAUAUGUUCAGUGAUCAAUAUCUGGACAAAGAAGAAAAUGCAAAGGUUCAGGAUGUGGUAUUCCAAUGGCUCACAACAAAUGACAUACAACUCAACAAUAUCGAUGCAGAGGACCCUGAGAUAUCAGACUAUCAUUACAUCCCCGACACUCCCAGGAUGUCCGAGAGGCUGAGGGUUUGUCUUCAAGAAGGAGAUGAGAGUGCUGGCUCAGAUAUCACAAAAAUGUUUGACGAAAAUCUGUUCAAACUUGACACAAGUGUAGUCCCAGCUGCCAUAAGAGCAUAUGAAGACCUUAGAGUGAAACAUGAAUCACUGUUACUAAUAACUCCACAGUUUGAGACCCCACUUCCACCACUUCAACCUGCGGUGUUUCCACCAACAUUUCGCGAGCUACCUGCUCCAGCAUUGGAUUUGUUUGAUUUGGAUGAGUGUUUCUCAUCAGAGAAGACAAGACUGGCUCAAAUAACCAACAAAUGUACUGAAGAUGAUCUUGAGUAUUAUGUUCGUGAAUGUGGUGAUAUCCUGGGAGUUUCCAGCAAGUUACCAGCUGCCUCCAGAGAUGCCAGACACAUUUUGGAUUACAUUUUCCAUCAAGUUGUGGAGUUUAAAAAGCUGAAUCAGGAACCUCCAGAUGAUCCUUCAAAUGAGCCUGACUUUGUAGAUGCCAUGUGAGAUAGUCACAUUCAGGUCUUGAUUAAUUUAAAAGCCUUUGUGGAAAACAGUUGUUAUAAACUUAUUUAUUACAUCUAAAGCAGUCUGUAGAGAUGCAUGCCAGAUGAAUUGAAGAACAGUUCUUUAGACAACUUUUGUUUGUAGGAAGUUUUGUCACACCUUCCAAAUAGGAAUCGGCUGGUUUUAGUUAUCCCUCCCUUCAGAGCAUUAACUUUUAGCUUCAUACAGGGGUGCAUGGCUUGAUCUAACACCAAUUUCUUUAAGCUAAUGUAUAAUAGAAAGUAUACGAGCUAAAAGGGAGGCUUAGGAAGCUAAUCAUGUGAGUUAUGAACUAAAAGGAGCUAUGCCAUGAUAUAUUGAAUUGUUUUUAGCUUUAUAACUUCAGAGCCAAUUUCAGUUGAGUGUUGUAAAACCAGUGUGAAAUGUAAAUAUGCAUAAAAGGUGAAUAAUAAAAAAAGGUACUUCAGAUAA